UAUAGUUUGAAAAUUUCCUUUCAAAAUGUUCACAUUUGGCUACCAAAUAAUGUCUGAUGAGUUCUGAGUCCUCAUCAGUCAAGAGAGAACGAUAGAGAAGAAUCUCUCUCUCUCUCUCUCUGUGUUUUUCUUUCUCUCUCAAAAAUACAUAUAUGGUGUAGUAUAUAUUAAAUAGUACAGAUCACCGGCGAGCACAAACCAAGAGAUCAGCCAAAAUUCUUGCAUAUCUGGGAUCAUUAAGCAAGAUAUAUAGAUGACGCCCAAUUGGGAGCUCAAGAAAUGCUGCAACCAUGACCAAGAGGUGUUUCUUAUCACUGUCGCUGUCUGCACUAUUGUUAUUCUCGCGUUGUGGAGAACGAUAUUGCUGAAACCAUUCAAGCUUGUCACUGUAUUUCUUCAUGAGGCGAGUCAUGCUGUUGCAUGUAAACUUACAUGUGGCCAUGUAGAAGGGAUCAAGGUUAACGUAGAUGAAGGCGGAAGCACACAGACACGUGGUGGAAUAUACUGGUUAAUCUUGCCCGCUGGAUAUCUUGGUUCAUCCUUCUGGGGCAUGGUUUUGAUACUUGCAUCUACAAAUCUUCUUACUGCAAGAAUAGCUGCAGGAUGUUUUCUCGCUGCUCUACUUGUCGUACUUUUUGUGGCUAAAAACUGGACACUUCGAGGACUCUGUAUUGGGUUUAUUAUUUUCAUUGGUGUAAUUUGGGCUCUGCAAGAAACAACAAAAGUUCGUAUACUACGCUACAUCAUUUUGUUCAUUGGUGUGAUGAACAGCUUGUUUUCAGUUUAUGAUAUAUAUGAUGAUCUAAUAUCUCGUAGAGUUCACUCCAGUGAUGCCGAAAAAUUUGCAGAAGUGUGUCCUUGCCCCUGCAAUGGUGUUGGAUGGGGCAUUAUUUGGGGUUUUAUAUCUUUUCUGUUUCUUUGUGGAUCCAUGUACCUUGGUCUUGUGAUAUUGUCUUGAGGUCGACUGGUCGGCAUACUUGGGCCACUCAGCCCACCACAGUUGAACCCCAGGGGCUUCCCAUUGAGAACCUGAAAGUUCGAUGUAGGACAUGGGGAACUCUCUGACCUCUCGGGGUAGUUGAGGUCGUAGUGUAUCGUAUUUGAGAGGCGAUUUUCGCUUAAAUCCAAGGUGUUCAAGAACUUGCAAUAGAUGAUCCUGACAGGAAUUGGGCCUAAGGUGAUUGAAAGAGAGAUCCAGGGUUACUACAUAGGGUAAUCAGAGGUAGAUUUGAGGGAUGGGGUUGGUUUUGCUAUAACAGAAACCAUACCACAUUGCCAGACUGCCAGAUAGCAUCGCCUCAGUCAAUUUUGCCUGCACUUUGAUCAACCCUAACCACAUCAUAUUGAACUGUCUUGACCCUUCCAAGUCUCUUGGUGUAAACUACUGAAUCUUUCAUUGUUUGUGAUCUUCCCCUUAGAUCAUAGAAAGAUAACAUAUAUGAAAAUAUACUGAAAACAUGUGUACUCGAAUCCUUGUAUCAAUAGAAAUGGUGGCAUUUGGGCAUU